AAUUUACAGCGACUUGGCAACAACAACAGCAUCACGUACACGUCAUCGUCAUCAAAUCAAUGGCGGCCUGCGAGGAGAUCGAGGUGCUGCUGAGGCGGCAGCAGGAGCUCGUCACGCAGCUCAGGGCGCUCAUCCUUCCCUCGCUUGUUUCCCGUGAUAACGUCGGCGGUGGCGGCGCAUCGAUGGCGGAGCUCGCCGCCCAGCUCUUCGAGGACGUCAUCGGCUGCAACACCAGCGCCGUCUCCUGGCUCAUACGAGCCAGGCCGGCCGUCGACGACAAGUCCUUGGUGUUGGUGAGGAAGAACGCUAGUAGUACUAGUGCUGCUGGUGAGAGGUUGGAGAAGACGAGCCCUACAGACCAGAAGAGAAGGAGGAAGGGAAGCAAGCAAUCAAGAUCACUAGUAACCAAUGUUCCCCACUACGAUGGUCACCAGUGGAGAAAAUAUGGGCAGAAGAACAUCAAUGGAAUGCAACACCCUAGGAGCUAUUACAGAUGUACCUACAAAGAACGGAGCUGCUCAGCAACCAAGACGGUUCAAAAACAAGAUCAUAAUGGAAGUUCCUUCAGUUAUGGUGAUGAAGCUGUAAAUUACACUGUUAUGUACUACGGGAACCACACUUGUAACGGCGAGAACAUGAACAAUGUCGUCAAUGCUGAUCAGCCCCAGCUUCUCAGUAUGGAUCUUGAUCGGACUGUCGAAGAAAUGGUGCAAUCGGCAACAGAAGUUCAGGAGUUUGAUGAGGGAGAACUCAACAUGUCGGCUCUGCUAGAGGUGCUGGACGAUCCCCUGCUGAAUUGGGAGAUCAUAUGCUAGAUAGCUGCAAUGUUAGUCUACUAGUUGGUACAAUCAAUAUAUUUUGAUAGCAUUGCUUGAUUAUAGAUUGUCGGUUUCUUAAUAAACAUGCAUUCAUGCAUGCCAACAGGUGUAUGUCGAUCGAUAGAGUAUAAAGA